UUGCCUCCGACUCUGCUAUGUUAGCUGGGGACCUCCAGUUCUGACCUGCAGCAUGCCCUCCCACCAGACCGCAGACCCCUCUCCAGCCCGGGGCAGCCCAGCCCUGAGGGAGAUGGAACCCAAGGACCAGCAGCUCAUGGUGGCGCUUCGGAUCCGUCCACUCAACAGUGCAGAACUGGAGGAAGGGGCCACCGUCAUAGCCCACAAAGUGGGGGACCAGGUGGUUGUACUCAUGGAUCCAGGCGAAGACCCAGAGGACACACUUCGUGCACACCGGUCCCGGGAACGUACCUUUAUAUUUGACACAGUGUUUGACCAGCAUGCAUCUCAGGAAGCUGUUUACCAUGCCACCAUCCAGCAUUUAGUGGAGGGCGUCAUCUCUGGAUACAAUGCGACAGUUUUUGCCUAUGGCCCCUCAGGUGCGGGGAAGACCCACACCAUGCUGGGCAUGGAUGCGGAGCCUGGCAUCUACCUGCAGACCCUCACUGACCUCUUCCAGGCCAUCGAGGAGACCCAGGACAACAUGGAAUAUAGUGUGUCUAUGUCUUACCUGGAGAUUUAUAACGAAGUCAUCCGUGACCUCCUGAAUCCAUCUUCUGGGUUUCUGGAGCUGAGAGAAGAUUCUAGAGGCAGCAUCCAAAUUGCAGGCAUCACAGAAGUAUCCACCUCAAAUGCUCAAGAGAUCAUGCAGCUACUAACCAAAGGCAACCGGCAGCGUACCCAGGAGCCCACAGCUACCAACAAGACUUCAUCCCGCUCCCAUGCCGUACUGCAGGUCACUGUGCACCAGAAAAGCCGAAGUGGCGACCUGGCAGAGGAAGUGCGCCUCGGGAGGCUCUUCAUGGUGGACCUGGCAGGCGCGGAGCGUGCAGCCCAGACUCAGAACCGAGGCAAGAGAAUGAAGGAGGGUGCACACAUCAACCGCUCCCUGCUGGCCCUGGGCAACUGCAUCAACGCACUCAGCGAGAAGGGCGGCAGCCGCGCUCAGUACGUGAACUUCCGCGACAGCAAACUCACGCGCCUGCUGAAGGAUGCCCUGGGAGGCAACAGCCGCACAGUGAUGAUUGCUCACAUCAGCCCGGCCAGCACAAGUUUUGAGGAGUCAAGAACCACACUGCUCUAUGCCUACAGGGCAAAGAAUAUCAAGACAAGGGUCAAGCGCAAUCUGCUGAAUGUCUCCUACCGCAUCGCACAGUACACCGACGUCAUCUCUGACCUGCGCAGGGAAAUUGAGCACCUCAAGUCAAAGAUUGAGAAGCAGGACAAGGAGAAGAAAAGUGACCCCAACGUCCUGGAUAUACAAGUCACCAUCCCCCAUGAUGCAGAGGAGGACAGUCGUCUACAGAUGAACAAGAUCCGGGCACAGCUUAUUGGGGCUUUCAAGGAGCAGAUGGAGAUGCGGCGCAGCCUGGUGGAGCUGGAGAAUACCAACAUUGAGCUGCACAUAGACAUGUCUCGCCACCUGCUUACCAUUGCAGACUGGGAGCGAGAGAAGACCCACCACCAAGCAAACAUGGACAAUGGUGAGAAGGAAGAGGAGCCCGCGGAUGCUGAUGGAGAGGAGACUGAGGCUUCCGAGCCCCCAGAGGUGGCGCUGGCCAGAGAGGAGGUGAACCUGCUCUUGGCUGAACAGCGGAAAACAGCAGCCCUCAAGGCUGGACUAGAGCAGCGCCUGGCCCAUGCCAAGCAGAAGGCCUCACAGAUGGAGAAGCUGCUGCCCAGGCAGGUGACCAGUGAGGACCAGCGGGAGGUGCUGCAGCUGCUGUGCAGGGCCCACCAGCUGGAGGUGGAGAACACAGAGCUGCAGGCCGACAACCUGUGCCGCAAGAACCUGCUGUGCCAGAAGGACUUCGUGAUCCAGCGCUAUCACCAGCACCGGAUGCUGUGCGAGCAGGUCAUCCAGGGGCAGCGGCAGCUGAUGAAGGACAGUGGCAUUUCAGCCCCGGAACCUCUGGAGCAGCAGUACCGACUGUACCUCCGGGAACUGGGCGAGGGCACAUUGGACCGCCUGCUGUUGCAGCUCUCGGUGAUGUCCAGCUCCAUCCAAGAUGGUCCCAUUAUGAACGUAUCACCCCCACCACCUGAGGAGACCAGUGGAGAGCCUCCAGGUGACAGGCGGGACCUCCCAUGGGGUGCCACAUUUGAGCUGCCCCAGAUGCUCCUGGAGAGAGACAGUGAUGGGAACAGGUCUUCAAAGAGCACUCCAUUGUGGAGGCUUGGGAAGCAGGACUCUCUUCUCCCUCCUCCAGCCCUCCGCAUCCUGCUGACACCCCCCAUGCUUGAGAAGCCCCAUGCUCUAGGAGCAAAGAGCCUGGUCUCCAGACUGCAGCCCCCAGCGGGCUUGGAGCUGAGAACCCCACAGCCAGCAGGAGAGAUGAGCAGCCCCCCUCUGAGUGUCCAGGCCCUCAAAGAGAUGGCCCUGGGCACCAAGAGCAUCGCCCUCCUCGCAGCCAGCCGUCGCUGCAAAGUGUACGACAAAGAGGGCAGCUGCCUGGACUCCAGGGACCCCAGCCCUGCAGACUGGAGGUGGCCCCACGCCAGCCCCAGCAGGGACCGCUCUGUGGAGAGGAAGACAGGGAGGAAAAGGUCACCCUCCUUCACCUGGAGCCUGCAACAAACAACGGAGAAACAUCAGCCCUCUACGGAACAUCCAUCUGAGAGCCAACUGUCCCCAGCACACCUCCAGCCACCAAAGCCAUCAGGGAAGAGCUUUUUCCCUGCUGUCCCUGUGGCCUCCAAGAUGAAACCCAGCCUCAGUUUUCACACAGAUGAAAACACGCUCCAUGUGCCGGAGGUCAGCUUCACCUUCCCCAGCGCCGUGUGGCAGAGCAACGCAGCCCCAAGCCGGCCUCCCCUCCUGCCACGUGACAUCCGAGGGUCUACAGACAGCAGAGGCCGGCGUCACAGCCCACUGCCACCCAACAAUCCUCCCAAGCUCCAGGGUGGCAGUGCCAAGAGACCAAGGCGUCCUAAGUAGAUGGCAGCAGGAGCUGGUGACCUGGAAGGCCGAGCGUCCUGGGGACCCCAACACUGGACAGAGAUGGAGAGUGGGACAGGACACAGGGGUCACCUCUCAUGGCAAAGGACCUGUCUGAGACCUCUGUUUUGUCUUUGGGUCUUUCUUGGAUCAUUACAGUUGCUGAGGAUGCCCCCUGGGAUAUCCCUGGAUUCCGAUGACUGACAGCCCAUGGCUCACACUCAGGCUGUAGGGGUCCCUGGGGGAGGGCUGAGCACCCUCAGAUGGGAUGGAAGAAUAUGUCCCCAUCACCACCACUGAGCAGUCCGCAGGUGGUUCUGGGGAUGCCAGCACCAGAGAAGACAGGAUGGCUUUUUUCCUGCUACCUGGUUCUGCCUCCAAGCUCCCAAAAGCUUCCCAAGCUCUCAGCCAUGCUGACAGGGGAGCUGAUGAUGGUGGGGAGGCAAGAGGGAACAGCCAGGGCUAGUGAGAUCUGUAUGCUUUGCUUUACUGGGGACCUGCAUGGGGAGCAUCUAAGAGGCUUAGGAGUUUGGGUCUAUUGAUACGUUUUAUUUGAGACAGAGUCUCAUGUAGCUCAGGCUGGCCUUGAACUUGCAAUGCAGCUGAGGAUGACCCUGAACUCUUGAUUGUCCUGCCUUCCUCUCUCAACUUUUCAGAUUAUAAGCACAGGCCAUCAUACCUGGUUUAUGUGGUGCUGGGGAUGGAACCCAGGAUCCUAUGUGUGCUAGGCAAGUACACACCCUACAGACAUUCCCAAGGCUUUC